GUUUGGGAAAGAGAGAGGAGGGGCGGGAGGACGAGAGCAGGGAACGGUGAGAAUUCAUGCUGUGUUAGCAUCCCCUCAGCAACUCCAUCAAUACUGCAUACAGCUGAGAAACUGGCAAAGGUCCCCCGUGCUGCAUUUACAGACUCGGCCAGGGAAAGAGAGCAACUCCCACGACCGGUCUGCUUAGUCUGCUGCUGGAAGGGGGCUCUGCAAGGGGCAGAGCGCGCACACACACACACGCACACUCACGCUUACACUCAUACACUCACUAGAGCCUCUGCUGCAUCAAGAGGCAGAAGAGGAGAGCGGAGGAGGGUGCAGAGGGACAUACAGACUGGGAAUACUCCAAUGGACUGAGCCAAUCCCGGAGAGGGACAGGAUUGUUAGGAGACUCAUGUGCUAAUAUGUUGCCGUGCUCCGCAGGGGAAGCUGAGCACCAGGGAGUUUGACAGGAUCUCAGUGCACCUGCUCCAUGCACACUGUUAAGACACAUAGGCAAUGGAGUAAAUAGAAGUCAAUCAAAAGCUUCUUGGCAUUUCGGGAAACAUCCUGCUGACCCAACUGACGAAGAUUAUGUGAAGGAGCUGACGUGUGCGAUGGCCAGCUUGGACCUGCAGGUUGUCAUUUACACAGUUGUGUGUUAUCGUUACCUCCCAACAAAGCAGCCCAGCCUGAGGAUCUGACCGCGCCUCCCCUCCCUCUCCCUCUCCCUUUCCCUCCCGCUCCCUGGGUGUCCCACAAUCCUGGGCCCACCAUGGGAGGAUGCUUCUCCAAACCCAAACCAGUUGAAGUUAAAGUGGAACUCUCUCUCCUGGAAAAAGAAAAAGAGGUGGAUGGGCUGUCACCUAAUGGCAAAGCGAGUCCCUUUGCUGACUGCAGACCUAACGGGGCACUGGGACAUGGCUCUGAUGACGACUCCACGCCGCUCCCCCUCUACCACAAACCACGGGACUACGUGGAGGCCUCCGUCUGUCAUGUUAAAGAUCUGGAAAACGGACAGAUGCGAGAGGUUGACUUGGGAAGUGGCAGAGCUUUGUUGAUCAAAGAACACGGGGAGUUCUCCGCCAUGGCCCACAAGUGUCCACACUACGGAGCACCCCUGGUCAAAGGUGUGUUGUCAAAAGGACACGUGCGCUGUCCCUGGCACGGGGCGUGUUUCAAUAUUGCAACGGGAGACCUGGAAGACUUCCCUGGGCUGGACAGCCUGCCUACCUUCCAGGUCAGAAUUGAAAAGGACAAGGUGAUCAUUCGUGCAAACAAGCAGGCUCUUCAGUCACAGAAAAGGUCAAAGCCUAUGGCCCGAUGUUCAGCCGUCAUUAACUCCAGCACAGGCUUCAGCCAUGUUCUCAUCAUUGGCUCAGGUCCAGCAGGUCUGGUGUGUGCAGAGACACUGAGGCAAGAGGGCUUCACUGAUCGCAUCGUCAUGUGCACCAUGGACAGACAUCCUCCAUAUGACAGGCCUAAACUGAGUAAGUCCUUAGACAGCACAGCAGAGCAGCUGAGAUUGCGCUCCAUGGACUUUCUACAGGACCAUGACAUUGAACUGCUCACAGAGAAAGAGGUUGUGGCAAUAGAUGUGAAAACACGAUCUGUGACCUUUGAAGACGGCUUGAGGAUGGAGUACAGGAAACUCUUUAUUGCUACAGGAAGCAAACCCAAACCAAUGAACUACAAAGGCAUUGAUGUCAAGAACGUGUUUCACCUCCGGACGCCUGAGGACGCCAACAGCAUAGCGAGGCUGGCCAACAACAAGAACGCUGUGAUUGUUGGAACAUCAUUUGUUGGUAUGGAGGUGGCCGCAGCUCUAACUGACAAGGCCCACUCGGUCUCUGUCAUCGGGAUCGAGACAGUCCCCUUUAAAAAAGCUCUCGGGGAGAAAGUAGGGAAAGCCAUAAUGAAGCUGUUUGAGGUAAACAGGGUGAAGUUCUACAUGCUGAAUGAGGUGUCAGAGAUGAUUGGCCAUCAUGGACAGCUGAAAGAGGUGGUACUGAAGAGUGGAAAGGUCCUGCGGGCAGACGUGUGUGUGAUCGGAGCAGGAAGUAUUCCUGCAACAGGCUUCCUGAAACAGAGCGGCAUCCACAUGGACUCCAAGGGCUUCAUCACUGUCAACAAGAUGAUGCAGACAAAUGCUGAUGGUGUCUUUGCUGGAGGAGAUGUGGUUAUAUUUCCUUUCCCGUCACGCAACAACAAGAAGGUGAACAUCCCUCAUUGGCAAAUGGCUCAUGUACAUGGAAGGGUGGCAGCUCUCAGCAUGAUGGGCAGAGCCACUGAGAUCAAAACUGUGCCUUACUUCUGGUCAGCCAUGUUUGGAAAGACCAUACGCUACGCAGGUUAUGGUGAUGGAUUUGAUGAUGUCAUUAUACAAGGAGAUCUGGAUGAACUGAGAUUUGUGGCGUUUUACACCAGGAGCGAGGAGGUGGUUGCUGUUGCCAGCAUGAACUAUGAUCCCAUUGUGUCCCGAGUGGCAGAGGUCUUAGGAUCCGGAAAGACGAUUAAGAAACGAGAUGUGGAGACUGGAGACAUUUCUUGGUUGAUUGACAAAGGGUCUCAAUGACUUCACAUCUGAAGGUCACAGGGACAGACCCAAAGACCACCUCAACAUGGAUACUUAUGGUGCUGAGACACUGAGCAGCUAUCCCAGUCUGGACAUACACACACACACACACACACACACACACACAGGAGGCAGGACUGUUGGAGACGCACUUCCUUGAGGAAACCUGCUUUUGUUCUGAGAGACACUUUAACGUGAAAAAUGGACAGUCUGAACACACUGAAUCACUGUGUCGUCAGGUCUUUCAUGACAAUGUUGUCAUGUUUCACAAUUGGAUUCAGCCUCUGCAAGUCGUAUCUACCUGUACACUUUGUUUAUAAGAAGCCUGGGAUGGGCAUGGGCAUAUUUUUUGUACAAAUAACAUUGUAUAUAGCUAUAAUCCUGAAUGCACUGUAACAAAAUAAGAACAUACAAUUUGAACUGAAUUUUUCUAAGUUUUAAAUAACAGAUUUGGUUGUAUGCUCGCAUACAGGCUUUAGAUCUGCAUGGUGUCAUGAAUUCAGAAAAAUAACCCCCUAAACAGAGUUUUCAAUGUAGACGCAUCCGUAAACAGAGCUUAAAUCUGCUAAAAACAAACUGCAUAAUCACUUGCAGCAGAACCCUGAAUGCAGCUUUUAACCAACUCACUUGACACACACACAUGCACGCAGCUUUAAUUUGUAAUAAAUUACAAUUUCUAGGAUUACAACAUACCUCUUUGUAUUGGUUGCCUUGCUAGUAGAUUGCACAAAUUAAAUUUGAUUAAUGUAUUUCCUAAUAAAUAUAUUUCACCCCUUUUAGACAAAUCCCAUAGUAGCUUAAGGUUAUUUUGAUAGUUGUCACCUCCAAUGGGAUAUUCUUUGUUACUAACUCAGGGAACUGAGGUUUGUGGCCUAGGAUUACUGGGCUUUCUGGGGUUACAGGUACUUUUGCAAGCAGAUAUGAAUUUGUUGCUUUAAUAUUUCCCUACGGUUAUUGUUAUUUCACCGGUUGUUUCAUUUUCAUUCAGAACCACUUAUAAUGGGUAUAUUACAUCCCAGUGUGCUGAUGAUGCCAAAAAUACUUUAGCCCCGAAACACAAGUCCACACAGCAUUUCAAAAAGCAUCGUUCUUCCUACAGAGAAGCCUGGAACAGCAUUUUUAUAACUAAACUUUAAAAUAAAAGUCUUCCAACAAUAA